GAAGAGGCUGCAGGGAAGUCUUGGAGAUCCAGAUGUAUGUAAGCUGGAAAUAUUUUCUGGUUCUUCUGGAGUUUUAAGUAUCUUGUCUGGGAAGAGAGCUGAAUGGCCUUGGAAAAUUUCGCCAGACCUCUUGUGAACAGAAAGACCUGCGGAGAUCCAAGGGUCCAUUUUGGAGCUGUAUUAGAGACCAGAGAGAAGAUGGAGGGACAACCCCCAGUAGAUGCCGAAAUUAGAAAAGGCCCUCCGGCUGCUCUGCCUUGGAGCUGUGGGAGGAAUUUGGCAAUGAAUCCUGGGCAGAAGAGCCACGAAGAGGCAUCCAACAGUUCAGAGGUCCAGUGCUGUCGCUUCAGAAAAGUGCAGUUCCAGGAGGGGAGCCGCCCCCGAGAUGUUUGCACACAGCUUCACUACCUUUGUCGUCAGUGGCUGCAACCAGAAAAACACACCAAGGCUCAGAUGCUGGACCUGGUGCUCCUGGAACAAUUGCUGGCUGUGCUUCCCCCAGAGAUGGCAAAAUGGGUGCGGGAGUGUGGAGCAGAGACCAGUUCCCAGGCGGUGUCCCUGGCUGAAGGCUUCUUGCUGAGUCAGGAGGAGGAAAACAUGCAAGAAGAGUUGCAGAAAUGUGUGGAAGCUGUGACUGAGUAUCCCAAGGGGAGGAAAGCUUCAUUCAGAUCUUCUCAAGAGCUGCUCUUCAGGGAGAACUUCCGGGAAGAUCAAAGUCAAGACGCUGCACAAGAGAGUAGAAAGCUGUCCUUGGACUUUUUAGAAUCACUUCUUUGUGCUGGAACUGAACCGCUCCUUCAGGAUAUUGUUUCUUUUGAGGAAGUGGCUGUGUAUUUCUCUGAGGAGGAGUGGUCUCAACUGGAUGCUGACCAAAAAGCACUCCAUGCAGAAGUCAUGCUGGAGAAUUCCAGGAAUCUGUUUUCUCUGUGCUUUAAUGGGCAAGAGAAUAAGAACGGGGGAAAGGAAAUUUGUAGAUCAGAUGCAACCAAAGAAUGAUGAAACAAAGCAAUCACAAAGUGGAAUUAAAAGAAGUCUUCCUCUUGUCAAUUGGCUUCC